AGCAGCGGCGGCUCCUGGGGAAAAGGCAGCCAGUUGGAGGGAGCCUGGCCAAGCAGAGGAUCGCGCUGAGCUGAACUCAGCUGAGGUUACAAGCUCAAGGCAAGAAUUCUGACGCUCCCAAGAGACCGGAUUUACCUCCCUGGCCCAGCUCGCCCUACAAUGCGGACUUUCCCCCUCCAGGUCAGGACUGGAGUUUUAAAAUAAAAUGGAUGAUCUGACGUUACUUGAUCUUCUGGAGUGCCCCGUGUGCUUUGAAAAGCUCGAUGUCACAGCCAAAGUCCUCCCGUGCCAGCACACCUUCUGCAAACCAUGUCUCCAGAGGAUUUUCAAGGCCCACAAGGAGCUGAGGUGCCCCGAAUGCCGGACCCUGGUGUUUUGCAGCAUCGAGGCACUGCCAGCCAACCUGCUGCUCGUGCGUCUUCUAGAUGGUGUGCGCUCGGGGCAGAGCUUGGGAAGAGGGGGCUCCUUCCGCAGGCCCAGCGUGCUGACCCCGCAGGACAGCAGGAAAAGCAGGACUAACCCCAGAGGUCUGCAGUCCAGCCCUUUCCGCCUGGUGCCUAAUAUCAGAAUCCACAUGGAUGGGGUGCCACGAGCAAAGGCCGUAUGUAACUACCGAGGGCAGAAUCCUGGUGAUCUGAAGUUUAAUAAGGGAGAUGUCAUCCUUCUCCGGAGGCAGCUGGAUGAGAACUGGUACCAGGGGGAGAUCAAUGGAGUCAGUGGGAUCUUCCCAGCCAGCUCCGUGGAAGUCAUCAAGCAGCUACCCCAGCCACCCCCACUCUGCCGAGCUCUCUACAACUUCGACCUACGAGACAAAGACAAGAGUGAGAACCAGGACUGCCUGACCUUCCUCAAGGACGAUAUCAUCACUGUGAUCAGCCGAGUGGAUGAGAACUGGGCAGAAGGCAAAUUAGGGGAUCAAGUAGGCAUCUUCCCGAUCUUGUUCGUAGAGCCCAACCUCACUGCAAGACACCUCCUAGAGAAGAACAAAGGCCUGCAGUCAGCCCGCACAAAGAGCCUGUCCCUGGUGCCCUCAUCCUCCCGAGGCAAAGCAGCCAACACACCCACCCUGCGAAGGGGCCCUGGGUCCAGGAGGAAGGGGCCUGGGCAGUUCUCCAUCACAACAGCCUUGAACACUCUCAACAGGAUGGUUCAUUCUCCCUCGGGGCGCCAUAUGGUGGAGAUCAGCACCCCAGUGCUCAUCAGCUCCAGCAACCCCUCUGUGAUUACCCAGCACAUGGAGAAAGCAGACCUUCCUCCCAGCUCUGUGGGACAGGUCAGCACUUACCACCCUGUACCUGCCUCUCCGGGACAUUCCACGGCCAUCGUCAGUGUGCCUGGCUCCCAGCAACAUCUCUCAGCGAACAUGUUUGUAGCCCUGCACUCCUACUCAGCCCAUGGCCCGGACGAGCUGGACCUACAGAAGGGAGAAGGCAUCAGGGUCCUGGGCAAGUACCCGGAUGGCUGGCUCAGGGGCGUCUCCUUGGUCACUGGCAGGGUCGGCAUCUUCCCCAACAACUAUGUCAUCCCCAUUUUCAGAAAGACAUCUAGUUUUCCAGAUUCUCGGAGUCCUGGUCUCUACACCACAUGGACAUUGUCCAACUCCUCUGUGUCCUCCCAAGGCAGCAUUUCAGAAGGUGAUCCCCGGCAGAACCGGCCCUUCAAGUCCGUCUUUGUGCCCACUGCCAUAGUCAGCCCUGUGAGGAGCACGGCCAGCCCGGGGACUGUCGGACGGGGCUCUCUUCGGAAAUCCGGGCGGAGCAGCAUGAGAAAGAGUAAGUGGUGGCAGAGAGAUGGAUCCCUGCAGAGACCCGUCCAGUCAGGGAUCCCCGCCCUUGUGGUGGGCUCCCUCAGACGCAAUCCCACCAUGGUCGUACGGCCUCAGCAGUUCCAGUUCUACCAGCCGCAGGGGGUCCCCUCCUCCCCCUCAACAGUGGUGGCAGAAGUGGGACCUAAGCCCACUCCCACUGGGGAGCCUGCCCUCACAUGCGUCAGCAGGGGCAGUGACACCAGGAUCCGCUCCGCAGCCAGUUCCCUCAUCAUGGAAGGCAAGGAAAUCCCCAUCAAGAGUGAGCCUCUACCUAAACCACCUGCGUCUGCCCCACCAUCGAUCCUGGUGAAACCAGAAAACCCAAGAAAUGGCACCGAAAAGCAAGUCAAAACCGUGAGAUUUCAGAACUACAGCCCUCCUCCCGCCAAACAGUACACCUCCCAUCCCACCACAGGAAAGCUUGAACAGCCCACCACCCCGAAGGGUUCCCAGCCGGAAGCAGCCCCCUCGGGCCUAGAGAUGAACAUCCUAUUCGCCCACCGAAGCGGCUGCCAUUCCGGACAGCAGACAGACCUCCGAAGGAAGUCAAGUUUGGGCAAGACCGUGACCCCGGUGUCCGCCACUUCGGCCACACAGACCGUGUUUCCCAGCAAAUGAAUCUACGGGUGGCUUUUCCCAGACCCCAAAGAGACCCUGCCUUGGUCAUCUUCCCAGAAGGAGCUAGGAACAACUGGGAUACGGAAGAGAACACAUGAUCUGCUUGGAUGGAAACUGCUCAAUGGGGAGUUUGUGGACCAUGUGAUAGUCCUCAGACAUCAGGGAUGGUACUGGAAUACCAGCAGGCCGGGCUCUGGGACAGAAGGGCAAUAGGAGAAGGAACACAUCUGUCCUCAACUGGAGCAUCCGUGGGUGGUGACCCAGGAUAGGGACCAGCGCGUGACUCACGGGCUGUUCCAGGUUCCAGCAAACUCCCACCCCUCCUGUUAUUCUGUCCUUUUGCCAGAGCCAAAUUUUAUCUUGCCGGUUUCUCACACCUUGGCACCUAACUGACAAAUGAAAAGACCAGACAUCACAUUCCUUCUAGCUCUGUGACUGGCCAGUCUGCCCAGCUCACCUUUGGAGCAGUGGCGGCCUGACACUCUCCUCUUGGAUAUUCAAGCCAGAGAGGCCAGUGCCUCUUCACAAAGCCCCUAGCUUUCACCCCCUCUCCUGACUCCCACCCAAGCACCCCGAGUCCUCCCACCACAUCUGUGUUCUUUUCCAAUCCAAUUCCGUGCUAUCUUUCCCCCUGAAACUGUCUGAUCGAGAGGGUUUCUGUUAGGACAUACUGAUUAAAGAAAUGAGGACUUGGUACAUAAAGGAUUUCAGAAGAAAAAUCCAUGAUGUAGUAAGAGAGCUACCACAGACUACAGAGAGGCUAUUGUAUUCUUUUUUUUGUCCAGAAACAAGUCAUAUUAAAGGGCAAGUCAUUAGAUGAUCUUCUAUGCCUGGUUUUAAAAACUCUAAAAUACAAAUUUUACACCCAGUGUGGGGCUCAAACUCACAACCCCGAGAUCAAGAGUCACAUGCUCUCCCGACUGAGCCAGCCGGGCACCCCUACCCUAAAAUACAAAUUUUAAAUGAUCUGUGGCGACCAGAGAGAGCCACCGUACCGAUAAAUGCAAAUCAGAAGUACCCUGAGACUCCGAGCCAAUAUAUUCUCAUCUUCUCCCCAUCUUAAGACAUCAGUGAGAAUUUCAUUUUUAAAAGCACAUGCUGCCCUGAUUAUUAAAGACAAUGGACAAGAACACAGCAGUAUUUGGAUGCGUUGGUUGGUUUAAAGUUCAGGAUUAUAAUUUAGCACUGAAACCUCGUCAUGAAACUGCCUUUCAUGCAGUCUUGUAAGCCUUGUAAGCAGGAGCAAGCAGGAGCCAGACCAUGAGCCGAGUGAGGACCAUAAUUGGUGGUUGCAGGAAUGCUUUCUUCUAGGUGAAGCUGCCACGUGCAGGGCUCAGACUAGCACCCAUCUCUUGAUUAAAUGAAUAACUGGGACUUUUUAGCCACAACCUCCUCUCAGUUAACCCCAGGGGAAAGUGAUAAUAAGCAACAAUGACCCAAGAGUAUUGGCUUUAUCUGCCAGGUGGUGAGUGAGAUGCUAAGAGGUAUGGAGAGACCACAGAAAGGAGGAUUCAGGGAUGACACUGCCUCUCACACACAGUUAGGGAUGCGUGGCCAAUUGUCUGUCAUCCCUUCUCUCUUAACUACUCUGAUUCAGUGUUUGUUCCCUUUCCUCUGGGAUGAGUUCAGGUUUGGUUGGCUCCUCUUUUGUCCCAGCAGCAAAGGAUUCAGAAAUGCUGCCUUCAGAUUCCGGGAUCUCCUUGUUACUACCAUGAGGCCUUACAGCACACCUAUAAAUAGGUUUCGGUGACUUCAUUUUCCAGAGAAAAAUCAUUUGAAUGUCAGAGAUGGAAGGAAUUUUACUUUUACAGAUGAUGCUUGGAAAGGUGAGGGACAGGCAGGCUGCCCACACAAAAGCAAGUUGUAUAAAAUGGGGUGGUGGGUGGACCACAACAACUUCGAGUCCCCAGAACCCAUCAGACCACAUGAGCUAAUUACAGCCUUGUGUUCAAGAGCCUCUCAUUCCCCUUUGCUGCUUCUCACAUUUUCUUUCUUCUUCGUCUCCUGUUCACAGCAACAGGAAACCACCACUCCUAAUUUGUACACUUGCUGUUUUUUAAGUCUCCAGGAAUUUUCCAUGCCUUAUCAAGUGGAGGGUUUCAUGGAGAUUUAGAAUCUGCUUAGGCAAUAGACCAAAAUAUUUUUUUAAAACAUUAAAUGAAGAAUCUGAUUUGUUGCCAGCCGAACAGAAGCUUGAGAAAAGCACCCCACUCUCCCUGUUCCCUAAAGUUUUCUGAUCCAUCUUUGGACUGUCGGUUCCAUCAUAUAGAUU